AUGGCAGAACUAUUGAUACCUGUGGUUGCGGAGGCGGUGUUCUCCAUCGCGUUGAAUGAAGCAAUUAAGCAGGCGAUUAAAUUCAGAGACAGAGCAAGGAGCGUACUUCAUUUCAAGCAAGACAUUGAACAACUGGCUGAUCACCUGAAGAAGCUCCAUGACAAUCUGGAGAGUACAAUGCCUGACUAUAAACGAUUUGAAGUCAGCCCUUACGCUCAAAAUCCCCAGUAUAAGAAAUUGGUGAAAGCUAUAUUUAAAAUUGCUCAAGAUGCAGAGGAUAUUAUACAAGAUUGUCAACAUCCGAGGAAUCGGUGGCACCAGAUGCUUUUACCAGUUCUUUUGAGCAGAAAGAUUAAAUCUAUCCAACAACGGAUUGAAAAUUUGGAGAUCAAAGGCACUCCAAAUUGUGUGGAUCUGAUAGAAGGUAGAGCUGCGGCUGAUCCUGAACCUCCCGUGAUAGAAGCUGCAAUAAGGGUCCUGUCUAAUUCUAUCUCAACCCACUUUGAGUCGACCACUGGUGAAUUCCGGCGAACAACUCUAAGGCUGGCAAGUAUGAGAAGAAAUUCCAUUAAACGAAGAUCGCAGCCAAUAGAUGUUCAUCCAAUUGGGCUUCAUGAUCAGAUCAACUACAUCCAGAGCCUGCUGAUUAAGGACGAAGAAGGCAAUAUGCUGGGCAUCUACGGCAUGGGGGGUGCAGGAAAAUCCCUGCUGAUGAAGUGCGUGUGGAACGGCGAGGAUGUUCAAAAAUCAUUUGAAAGUGAUGCCCAGAUUUGGGUAACAUUCUCGGGGGGUCAAAUAUCUUGGUUGCAGAGGACCAUUGCGGAGCAAAUAUGCAUGCCCUUCGACCACUCUUGGACAGAAGAGAAGGGCAAAGCUGAGAUCUUCAGGUAUCUGGAGAAAAAGAAAUUCUUCCUGGUGUUGGAUGGAGUGCUGCCCAACGAGAGCGAUCACUUCUUAUCCCAUCUGGGAGUGCCGCCCAACAAUUCGAACGGAUCAAAAAUUGUUGUGAUUUCCCGUGAUAAAUGUGAUUUGAAAAGAAUUAAACCAGAUAUGCCUUUGAUCCCUGUGGAGCGCUUGUCAGAACCAGAUAGUUGGGAGUUGUUUAAGAGAUAUGCUUUUGGAAUCACUACCAGUGAGUCGGCCCUUCCGCCAGAGGUAUUGCGCAUUGCUGAGCAAAUAGCAAGCAAAUGCCACGGACAUCCUUUGGCACUCAAGGCCUAUGCUGCCGCCAUGGCUGGACAGACAGAUCCUCAGCAAUGGCGGCUGGCUUUGGGACGGACCAAAGCCGAUUACAGUUUCUUUGGCAAUCAUACCGAUGCUGAAAAACGCAUUUUUGAGUGUCUUCGCUCCAGUUAUGAAUCUCUUUCUCCGACUCUUAGAAUUGCUUUUCUCUACUUCGCAGCGUUUCCUGAAAAUCAUAAAGUGAGGACGGCAGACUUGAUUGAUCUCUGGACUGCAGAAAGGCUUUUCACUGCCGAAAGUCCUUCCGAGCUGGACGCCUAUGGUCGACGGCUGUUGAACAUAAUGAUUGAUCGUUGUGUGGUGGAGGGAGUCGAAGCCGGGUCUCUGGGCAGAGUGAGAAAAUGCAAGAUGCAUCCCAUGUUCCGCCAUUUGGCCACGCACAUUCUUGAAAAGGAGGACGAGGAUGAAGAAAGGAGUUUAUUCAAAGCUGGAGAUAAUUUGGCUGAAUUCCCUUCCAUGGAGAUCAGCCAACACAAACACCAGCGGAUCUCUCUUAUGUACAACCGCAUAACUUGUCUCCCUGAAGAGUUGAAAUGCCGGGAACUGCGCACUCUGAUCCUCCGCCACAGUGAACGCCUUUCUGUCAUUCCACCCGGCUUUCUCCAGGGUUUGACUCGGCUAAGAACGCUCGAUUUGAGCAUGACAGGGAUCGAAUCCCUGCCCGUGACUCUGGGGCGACUGAAAAGGCUGGAAUAUCUCAAUGUCUCGCGGACUAAGCUGAAAUGCCUGCCUAUAGCCGUCACUCGUCUACAGAGGCUGACGUAUCUCAACCUCUUUGAAUGUAAAGAGCUGGAAUCCCUUCCCCCUGAUAUGAACAAGCUGGAAGAGCUGCGCUACUUGAACUUGAGGCGUUGUGCUAAGUUGAGUUUCCUUCCAUUCCAAAUAACACGAAUCACGUCACUACAGUGCCUGAUUAUGGACGGUUGCGAUGGUUUACAGUGGAGGCCUCAGAUUUCCCCGCCGGAAAAUACUUUGCAGUAUUUCGGGUUGGAUGACCUUCAGUCACUUGUACAACUAAGGUAUCUGUCAUUUGUCUAUGCGACGGCAGGAAUUCCCAACGGUCUCCUCCGCAAAUUUCAGAGCUUGGAGAGGCUGGAGCUCUGCAGAGUCCCAUCGGCGAGUCUUCCAGAAGACAUACAAGAAAUCAAAACCCUAGAAGAUCUUCGACUGAGCAGGCUCCCUUGUUUAGUCCAGCUGCCCCGGUGGCUGUGCAAACUUGUUGGUCUGAGAAGAAUAACGCUGGAGUACUUGAAUGUGAAGGUCCUUCCACCUGCGCUAUUUGAAACCCUGCCUCUGCUGCGCCUUUUGGAGAUCGAAAACUGCAACGAAUUGACAGAGUUGCCAGUCGAGUUCGGCAAGGAAGGGGCAUUUCCAGCUCUGGAGGAGCUGAGAUUGGAGAAGCUGAAUGCGCUCAAGGAGUUGCCAGCGUUAGAGGAGAGAAGCAUGAGCAUGCUAAAGGAGUUCAGAGUGAGAUAUUGCCGGGAAAUAAAAAAUUUCCCCAAGGGCGUAGAAAACCUGAAGAAGAGUACGAGGAUAGAUAUCGUGGGAUCUAGUGGACUGAUAAGCAGCGUGGAGGAGAAGGGUACUGACAGGCAAAGGUUGAGAGAAUUUCUCGACACCUUGACCUGUUAG